GGGCUAUAUAUAGUGAGGUGGAGCUCGUUCGUCCUUGUUUUUAGCCCUGGAAGAGAAAGAGCCGUUAGGAUUCACAACUAAGUUUUAUCGUCCGUACCUUUGACUGAAUCAUCAAGAUGUCCAGUGGCAAAGUCAGCUUGCAAUAUUUUGACCUCAGAGCUAGGGGUGAAAUCCUCCGCUUAGUGUUUUCAGCUGCUAAGAUACCCUUUGAGGACUCAAGAAUACAGUUUGCUGACUGGCCAAAACUCAAGCCAAGCCUGUAUGGCUCCAGCAAUCUAGAAGGUUUGAAGAUCGAUAUGAUUCAGCAAUUAAGAGAAGAUCUGCUUGGGGUUGAGGGAAAGGGAUUUGGCGAACAGGACGCAGCCAAAAAGGCUGAGAUCGGCAAUGAGCUGGCAACAAACGUUUACCCUCGCUAUCUAAAGUACUUCAAUGACAUACUUAAGGCCAAUGGAAAUGGCUGGUCUGUCGGGAGCAAGCUGUCCCUGGCUGACAUUGUCAUCUUCGAGGGCACCGAGUCCAUACAACAGACCAACAGGGAACUGAUUGACCAAUUCCCAGAGGUCAAGGCACUCAGGGCCAAGGUCGCAAAGGUGGACGGCAUCAGACAAUACGUUCAGUCGCGAAAAGUUCAAGGAUUCUAAUUUUUUUUAAUUGUGCUUGCUUAAAUGUAGGUGCCAGUAGUGUAUUCACUAAGACUUGCCUUGUCUGAUAUUAUACUUUUUUUUUUCAUUUAUUUCUGACGUAUUAUUAUAUGAAUUCCAUUUUCGUUCAGUCUGUUUUAACUGAAAAUUGAUAUACAAACAUGAUGUAAUUUGAAGCAGUCUUGGUUGUCGGAGUACAUUAAAUCCAUGUUGAUAUUUCAAAA